AUGCGCCUAAAAUUAUCUCGUGGAUCCAAAAAAAUUCUGCCAGACAAGGAAUGCGGUUCGCCUCACCAAAACAUGAUGCCAUUACUCACCGGCAACGCCUCACCGGAAGACGAGUCGUUCCUGUGCAAGCACCUUUCCAUCGUGGCCUUCGGAUCAACGGUCCUCGUUGAGGGAUACGACAAAAUCAGAUCAGUUUCAUGGGUACAUGCUUGGACUGUCACUGAUGGGAUAAUCACCCAGCUGAGAGAAUACUUGAAUACUUUUGUAAUGGUUACUCGUCUGGGGAAGUCACAGUCUUCUUCCCAUUCGGCUAAUUGUCAGUGUUUGUGGCAGAGUAAGCUCACUGACAAUACAUCGGUGCCAAAUCUUGUUCUGGCUCUAUUAGGCUUGUUGAUUAGAAAAACUGAACAGAAACAGAAUGCCAUGUCAGAUGCCAUGUCAUCCUAG